CAAGCGCACGCGCCUCCAGGGCAGAUGCCGACCUCUCUCUCCUCUCCCACCUCCCUCUCCGUCGCCCUCCUCCACCCGCUGCCUUCCCCCUCCGCAGCGACCAUGUCUCUCGCCCAAGCAGCAGCCGCGCCAGCGCAGCUGCUCUCGCAGGCGGCCCAGUCGAGCGCUGCAGCGCUCGCCGCCAACUUCAACAUUGGCGCGGCGUACACCGUCGUGGACGUCGUGGGCGAGGGCGCGUAUGGUGUCGUUUGCUCAGCGAUCCACAACGCCACCCAGACGCGCGUGGCGAUCAAGCGCAUCACGCCCUUUGACCACAGCAUGUUCUGCCUGCGCACGCUGCGCGAGAUCAAGCUGCUGCGGCACUUUCAGCACGAGAACAUCAUCUCCAUCCUCGACAUGAUUCGUCCGAGAGACUUUGAGAGCUUUACAGAGGUCUACUUGAUUCAAGAGUUGAUGGAGACGGACAUGCACCGCGUCAUCCGCACACAAGAGCUUUCCGACGAUCACUGUCAAUAUUUCAUCUAUCAGACGCUGCGCGGUCUCAAGGCGCUGCACUCUGCUCAGGUGCUGCACCGCGACUUGAAGCCGAGCAACUUGCUCUUGAACGCCAACUGCGACCUCAAAAUUUGCGACUUCGGACUCGCGCGAAGCGCCAAUCAGCCGGAGGCGGAGGGAACGGGAUUCAUGACGGAAUAUGUGGCGACGAGGUGGUACAGAGCGCCGGAGAUUAUGCUCACCUUCAAGGAGUACACCAAGGCAAUCGACGUGUGGUCCGUCGGAUGCAUCCUCGCAGAGAUGCUCUCCGGCAAGCCGCUUUUCCCGGGCCGCGACUACCAUCAUCAGCUCUCCCUCACGCUCGAGAUUCUCGGCACGCCCUCGCUCGAUGACUUCUACGCCAUCUCCUCGACGCGGUCGCGCGACUACAUCCGCGCCCUGCCCUUCCGCAAGCGGCGCAACUUUGCACAGAUGUUCCCCAACGCCAACCCGCUCGCGGUGGAUCUCAUGGAGAAAUGCCUCACCUUCUCGCCGCGCAAGCGCAUCACCGUCGAGCAGGCAUUGGCACAUGACUAUCUGCAGCCGUACCAUGACCCAGAGGACGAGCCGGGCGCCGAGCCGCUGCCGCUGUCGAGCUUCAAGUUUGACCUCGAGCCGGCGACGGCGACGAAGGAGAACCUGCGCGCGGCGAUCUGGGAGGAGGUGACGAGCUUCCAGCCGCGCGCGCCGUGAGGCGGCGUGGUGGCAGCUCUGGCGGAGCGGAUUAGACGGGG